AUGGGUCUUGAGAGGCGGCCGAUGGCCACCCAGGGCUCUUGCGCAGCCAGCGUGGGCCCGGAGCUGGCGGAACAGCAGCCGCCAGAUGAAAGAGCGCCGCGGUUAAACGUUAGCUCGGUAGACAAUGUGGCGAUGACAUGGCAGCCCCUUUCUCUGCUUGCAAUUGGGAAGUUGGGCGAGGCACCGGCCGGGUCCAACUCUCAAGAGGACUCGGGGAAACUCGUCCGGUUACAGGAUACUUCAGAAACGUUACACACAGCUCCUGUGGAGUGUCGUAACUAUGCCGUCUCUCUCCCUCUUUCCCAUCAGGAGAACGGCCACGUCAAGAUCAAUGGCGACGUGUCCCCCAAAGCAGACGGGGAGCCCACCCCUCUCAACGGAAACGGAUCCGCCGAGCCGGUCAAGGAGGACGCCAAGGCGGAGAGAGGGAACGGCGACACCAUUGAGCCGGCCCCCGUGGCCGAAGGCGGGGAGCCCAAGGCGGACGGACCCGCCAAGGAGACGCCCAAGAAGAAAAAGAAGUUCUCCUUCAAGAAAUCCUUCAAGCUGAGCGGCAUCUCCUUCCGGAAGGCCAAGAAGGAGUCCGGGGACGCCUCGGCCGUGUCCUCCCCCACCGACGGGCCGGCCCAGGAGGAAGCGAAGCCGCAGCAGGCCCCUCCGGCCGGCGAGGUCCAGGCGGAGGCGAAGCCCGAGGAAGUCUCGAAACCAGCAGAGGCGGAAUGCAGUCCGGCGCCCGCCGAGCAGAAGGAAGAAUAG